AUGCCCGAACCAACCCCUCUCAUAACCCAUCUCUACUCCGCCGACCCAUCCGCCCACGUCUUUAAUAAUAAACUAUACAUCUACCCCUCCCAUGACCGCGAAACAGAUAUCUCCUUCAACGACAAUGGCGACCAAUACGACAUGACAGACUAUCACGUCUUCUCUAUGGACUCAAUCGACGGACCGGUAACAGACCACGGCAUCGCACUAUCUGCGCACGACGUCCCCUGGGUCUCAAAGCAGAUGUGGGCUCCUGACGCGGCGUUCAAGAAUGGGAAAUAUUAUCUUUUCUUCCCUGCGCGUGAUCAGGAGGGUAUCUUCCGCAUUGGCGUUGCUGUUUCGCUAGCUCCGCAGGGUCCGUUCGUUCCUCAAGAGACUUCCCUCGAGGGGAGUUAUAGUAUUGAUCCGGCGGUCUUUGUGGAUGGGGAUGAUGGGGAUAAGGCGUAUUUGUACUUUGGGGGGCUUUGGGGUGGGCAGUUGCAGUGUUGGAAGAAGGGAGGUGAGAAAGAGAAUGGGAUGGAUGGGCUUGUUUUUGAUGCGAGUCUGUCGGGCCCUAAUGAGCCGUCUGGUGAUGAGGUGCAGGCCCUCUGUCCCAGAGUUGCACAGCUUUCGGAUGAUAUGUUGAGCUUUGUUUCUCCGCCGCGCGAGUUGGAGAUUUUGACGGAAGCUGGCGAGCUUAUUCGGGCUGAUGAUCAUGAGAGGCGGUUCUUUGAGGCUGCCUGGAUGCAUCGAUAUCGUGGAAAGUAUUACUUCUCCUAUUCAACUGGAGACUCGCAUUAUCUUGUAUAUGCUACGGGUGACUCGCCGUUCGGUCCGUUCACUUACCAAGGCCGGAUUCUGGAGCCGGUGCUCGGAUGGACGACGCACCAUUCUAUUGUUGAGUUCCAGGACAGGUGGUACUUGUUCUAUCAUGAUUGUGAACUUUCUGGAGGUGUUGAUCACUUGAGGUCAGUGAAGGUUCGAGAGAUUCUCUAUGAUGAGGAGGGAAAGAUUAGUCUGGCUUGA